UAUUGGCUGAGCCGUGGAGGAAAAGGCUGGCUGGACAGCAAAGAUGUCCGCGGUCGUUUGAAAACCUGUUGUGGCCAAAUCAUUAUUUUGCCAGCUUUAUCGACUCGUUUUGUCUGUACGCAGCGGUCACACCGUUGUGCUCAAAAAAGCCUUACAAAAAGAAAAGACGAGGACUCCGCGACAAGAGCCAGACUAUUCCUUAUUAUCAGAAAUAAUGCUGAAAUCUGUAACUCAUGUCGGAAGUCGUGUAUGAAGAGACAGCCACGAUGAUUGCCGCAGGGGAAUUGCAGUCGUUUGUCCCGUUUGGCCGCGAGCACUGCAGGAACCAUCCAAAUGCCUUCAACCUGCAGCUUCGAGAGCUCCAGCCAGCCUCUGAGCUCUGGUCAUCUGAUGGUGCUGCUGGCCUGGUAGGGUCUCUGCAGGAAGUCAGUCUGCAGGAGAGAGAGAGGGAAUGGUGGCAGCUAAGGAAGGGAUGCACGGGAGUCAAAGAAGAGGAGGUCAUGUUUGAAGAAGAGCUUUAUGCGGCUGGAAACGUGGUUGUUUGGAGUCAAGGCAGCCGGACACAAGCCUCUAGUGUGUACAAGGCUUUCACUGUUGACAGUCCAGUGCAGCAGGCUUUAUGGUGCAACUUUGCUGUUCUUCAAAACAACAAUGACGAAGAAGUGGAGCAGACGAUUUGUAUUGUCCAGAGCAGCUGUAUUAAUGUUCACACUGUGACUGGGAAAGAUUUUAUCUCACCACUACCUUUCCAGGUCUCAAAUGUCUGGGCGACAAAGUUUGGACUUUUGUUGGAACGGAAAAUUUCAGCAAAUGACACCCAGCUCAACCCCCCAGGGGAACCCCUUCCCAUGGUGUUCAGCAUGCUGCACCCUCUAGACGAGAUUGCACCACUUGUGUCCAAACCUUCAAGUCAGUUUGAUAGCUCCACUGUGCAUUAUAUGUCUGACUCCACCAUGAAGAUCGUGUUCACCUGCUGCCAGCCCUCUAUACUUGUAUCGUACGACACUGUACAAGGAACACACACUGUGUGGGCGCUGCGCAAAGUCACUCAUGAUGAGUGCUCGACAGUUUUAAGGUAUCCGACAGAGCCCGUUGGGAAGCCACUGGGUCUCAUGGCUUCAAAUUUUCUGACCUCUCAUUUACGUAACAUCUCUCGUCUGGACUCUCCUGGUGGAAGUGGAACAGAGUUGAAAAGUUGUGCUCUGAGCUCUCCUAAGCACUACAACGUUCUACGAAGUAACCCGAACAGGGCCGUGACCUCUUCGCCUGGAGCGCACUCUCGAGUUCAUUCCCCAAAUAUAUCCAACAUGGCUGCCCUAAGCCGUGCCCACUCUCCAGGCAUGGCAGCUCCGUCCUUUUCAGGCGCGUCUCGUUUCAACACGUCUUUCCACAGCCCAUCCUCCAGGGGGCACCACGGUUUGUUGCCCUCUCCUAACAGCACCGUGAACGAGACGGUGCUCCCGCCAGAGAUGGAGCCCAUUGUACCCGACCUCUGCGUGGAGCAGCUGUGGACUGAGACAGUCGCUGCUGGCUGUCACAGGGAGAUGAGCAGUCAGGCAUCAAAAGUGUUCAUUACCUCUGACCUCUGUGAGAACCGGUAUCUCUGUUUCCUGGUGGAGUCUCAUCAGCAGCUGAGAUGUGUGAAAUUUAUCGAGAGCAACGAAUCGUCUCAGCUCAUCUUCCCGUCUGUGACGACCAUUUCUGCCAAAGAUGCAGCACCUCUACAGAUUUCUGCUCGACAGAAUAUAGACGCCAUGUUGGUUCUGGAGGCGUGUGGCAGUCUGGUUCUUUACACAGGAAUCACCAGGGUCAGUAAGGUGUUUGUUCCUGGUCUUUUGUCCCCCAGCUUCAGCCUUUCCAACCAGCGGCCCCAGAUCAGUACUCCUGUGGAGAGUGUCAGCACACCUGCUAAUGGUGUAAACAGGCACAUCCAGAGACUCAAUGAGGUACCAGCACAGGAUUUUAUGCCUUCACCAGUAUCAGAGCCUAAGGGUCUAAACAACAAACACCAUGAAGCAUCAUUUUUUGAAGAUCACAUUUUCCAACAAGCCACACCCUGCAUACAUGGUUUACGGGAUCCUGUCUGCAACCGGGUUACUUUGGAACUCGGCGGUGGUGCCAUGCUGAGGAUCUCUGUACCUGAAGUUGCUACGUCUGAGCUGGUGCAAAAGUGCCUUCAGGCUAUUCGAUUCAUCCUGCCCAAAGAUGCUGCGAUGAAGGUUUUGGUGAAGUGGUACAACAUCUACAACGCCCCCGGUGGCUCAAGUGCUCAUGCUGAGUGGAGCUUGUUUGUCACCUGUUUUAUGACGCUGAUGGGCUACAACACAGAGCGCCUGGCCUGGACUCGACAUCUACAUUUCGAAGUGCCUCUUUCUCCAGUUAUCGCGGCUAAGAAGGCUCGUCACUCUGCUCAAGGCUACGAAGAGGAUUGGGACUACUUGUUGGCAUCUCGUUACCAUCGACAGAUAAUUUCCCAGCCUGUCUGUGCUUCAGUGGAAUCCAGUGAUAUUGUUGCCACAGAAAUGGGGGACUUGUCUUCUGCAUCUUCCCCCGGUUCCUCUCUGAAGCUGGAGAGUUCAGCUCCUUUGUUCCCUCACAUUCCCGCCCUGUUCUACGUUCUCCACCUGUUGUAUCAGGAGCUGCAGCUGGACGAGCUGCACAGAGCUAAAGCUUCAUCCCUGGUGUGUGUCCUUCAACAGCUGGCCAGAGACCUUCAGUUGGAGGAGUAUGUUGAUCUGUAUUGGAGGGACUACCCAUCGGUAAUGAGUGGUUUCUCUAAGUGCUGCUCCAUAGACCAUGCUGUGAUUGAACAGAUGCAGCGUCCAUCUUUCCUGCUCUCCAAGCCUCCAUGUGUGUUCAGCUGGCUCAGCAGCUGCUUGAGAGGGGAUGAAAACACACCUUUUCCUUACCUGCCAGCCAUCUGUCAAAGAACCAGGCUUCUGGUUCUGAGUUAUGCCCUUUACAUUUUUGGAGAUGACAAAGCCACCUCAUCAAGCGAAUCUAAAUACCUGUUUAAGCUCUCAGCAGGGCAGAAGUCCUGUGCAAGUGAGCCAUACUUGAGAAGACAGAGCAGUGUGAAGGUUAGGUUUUCCAGUGCGAGUCUGGCUGAGCAGCUUGUCGUCUGGCUCGCCUCACAGGGUUUUACCCUGAAAGACUUGGAGUCUGUCCCCUUUGGUGUGGCGUUGCCCAUCAGAGAGGCCAUCUAUCGAUGUCGUGAGCAGCCAUGUUCUGAUUGGUCAGAGGAAGUGUGUCUGCUGAUUGGGCGACAGGACCUGACCAAACAAGCUCACAAGAUGACCCUGGCAAAGAGCAAAGCUUCUGUUAGUUCAGGUCUGUCUCUGGAGCCUCCUGUAGCCACAGAACCAGACGAGGAAGAAGAUGGGAUGUCAGACAUAAUUCAAGAGGUCACAGGACUAAUCUGGAGCCAAGAUCUUCGAAUCCAGGAAGUAAGAAGGCUCCUCCGGAGCUCUGGACCGGUCCGGGUCAGUGUAGUACAACUACCCGAGGUUUCAGACCACGAGUACAUCGAGGAGAAAGAAAAUAAACUGCUUCAGUUGUGUCAGAGAACAAUGGCUCUUCCUGUCGGCAGAGGCCUUUUCACCCUCUUCUCCUACCACCCGGUGUUAACAGAGCCUUUGCCUGUUCCAAAACUCAAUCUAACAGGUCGUGCUCCUCCGAGGAAUACUAUGGUCGAUCUCAACAGUGGGAAUAUUGAUGUUCCUCCCAACAUGACAAGCUGGCCCAGUUUCCAUAACGGAGUAGCAGCUGGACUUAAAAUAGCUCCAGCUUCACAGGUGGACUCAGCCUGGAUUGCCUACAACAAGCCAAAGAGUCCUGAGCUGGCUAAUGAGUAUGCAGGCUUCCUUAUGGCUCUUGGGCUGAAUGGUCACCUCACCAAGCUGGCCACGCUCAACAUACAUGACUACCUCACCAAGGGCCAUGAGAUGACCAGCGUUGGACUCCUUCUGGGUGUUUCUUCUGCCAAACUGGGCACCAUGGACAUGUCGACCACCCGCCUGCUCAGCAUUCACAUCCCCGCCCUUCUCCCGCCUACUUCCACUGAGCUGGAUGUGCCGCACAAUGUUCAGGUUGCUGCUGUAAUUGGUGUCGGACUGGUAUACCAGGGGACUGGGCACAGACACAAUGCUGAAGUCUUGUUGUCAGAGAUAGGCCGUCCCCCUGGUCCAGAGAUGGAGUACUGUACCGACAGAGAGUCCUAUUCACUAGCUGCUGGACUCGCUCUGGGUAUGGUCUGUCUUGGGCAUGGCAGCAACCUGAUUGGGAUGACGGACCUUAACGUGCCUGAACAGCUGUACCAGUACAUGGUGGGGGGUCAUCGCAGAGCUCAAGCUGGAGCCAACCGAGAGAGACACAAGUCACCCAGCUACCAAAUCAAAGAAGGCGAUACGAUAAAUGUGGAUGUCACAUGUCCAGGGGCCACGCUGGCCCUCGCUAUGAUCUACCUCAAAACCAACAACAGAUCGAUUGCUGAUUGGCUGAAACCUCCAGACACUUGGUUUCUGCUGGACUUCAUUAAGCCCGAGUUUCUGCUCCUGAGGACUCUGGCGCGGUGUAUUAUCAUGUGGGAUGAAAUCCUCCCUAACUCGGAGUGGGUCAAGAGCAACAUACCCCAGAUCAUGAGGGGGAAUUUUGAUGCCUCAGAAGACAUUAAUAUGGAGACAAUGGCAAAAUGUGAUGUUUUUCUCAGCCAAGCUGAAGACUACAUUACAGCUGGAGCCUGUAUGGCAUUAGGGUUACGCUUUGCCGGCUCCGCCAAUUCUGAUGCCUUCGACUGCCUUUAUGAGUUUGCCAGGACCUUCAUGAAGAUGAUGCCCUUUGCUGGUACAGCUGCUGUGAGUGCUUCCCUCCAGCAGAUGGGUUAUUACAACCUGCAAACAUGUCUGUCAAUGAUUCUGCUGGCUAUGUCCAUGGUGAUGGCAGGCACGGGAAACCUGAAGGUCCUGCAGCUCUGUCGCUUCUUUCACAAGAGAACGGGCGGCGAGAUGAACUAUGGCUUCCACAUGGCUCAUCACAUGGCUCUGGGUCUGCUCUUUCUGGGAGGUGGCAGAUACACAAUCAGCACUUCCAAUUCGGCCAUCGCUGCUCUACUCUGCGCCUUGUAUCCACAUUUCCCAGCUCACAGCACUGACAACCGCUAUCAUUUACAGGCCCUGCGGCAUCUGGUCGUGUUGGCUGCAGAGCCACGGCUCCUGGUUCCGGUAGAUGUGGACUCUCUUAAACCUUGCUAUGCCCUGUUAGAGGUCAGCUAUAAGGAGACAAAGUGGUAUAACGAGACUACAGUGGAACUGAUGGCUCCCACCCUCCUUCCUGAACUUCACCUCCUCAAACAGGUGAAGGUGAAGGGGCCUCGUUACUGGGAGCUGACUCUGGAUCUGAGCAAAGAAACACAUCAUCUGAAGUCCAUCCUAUCCCAGGACGGGGUGUUGUAUGUAAAACUGCGGGCCGGGCAGCUUCCCUACAAAGACGACCCUCAGGGAUGGAAGAGUCUACUGACCACAGCUGUCAACCACAGAAGCUCUGGAGUCACAGCCUUUAAGCCUGAAACCAUCUCAACUUUCACUUCUAACCCUGCCCUCAUCUCCUUUGCGGAUUUCUUCUGUAAAACAUCUGAAGGAAUGAAACAUAGGAAGGACACCCACAUGUUCUCAGCUAUGCUCUACGAAUGCGUGACGCAAGAGUGUCCAGAGAUGCUGCCAACGUACAUCGCCAUUGAGCAGGCUGUCAGUGCCCUGCAACGGGGCGACUUGCAGCAGACCUUCCCCUUGUGGCAGCUGCGUCUGGUGGUGGACCUGUGGGACAGCAGGAUGCUGCGAGGUCCUGCUAACAGCCAUAACACACUGCUAAAGUCUGAGUUUCUUCCUGUGAUGAAGAAUGCAGUGGACGUGGCCCUGGACGGCUGGCUCAAAGACAGCAGUUCAGUAUUGAGGUCCUACAUGUGGAACCAGGUUCUGUCUAAGGACGCCCAGUCCAUCAUGCUGGCCUGCUUUCUGGUGUACCGCUCUGUCCCCUGCUUCAGAAGCACACAGCUGAAAAGCUGCAGCUCAUUUGGAGAUUUAUUGUCGUGCAGCAGCCAGCUGGAGAUCCCUCUGAGAGACCUGCUGAGACUGGCACCAGUUCUGCUAGGUUCUGGAUCACCGUCGCUGCUGGGCUUUCCUCUACAGGCAUUUUCAUCCUGAUGCUCGUAACGAGUCAGAGACACGGACACAAGUGAGACACGGUUUUAAACAGAACGGCUGCAGACGUGCUCAACACUUUUAACUAAUUCGGACUUUGAGGCACAUUCACUGCUGCCCGUGCAGGGAAAACCGAACAACCACUGUUGAAUGUUUUGUAAAAUACUACUUUAUUUAGGAUUUUUUACCACAUAAAGACUGUUGAGUCUGCAGUAAUCACGUGCCAUUUUUGUGGUGCAGUCAAUUUGCUCUGAGUCUAACGGAAAAGUUCCUCAAAUAUCCAGCAGGAACAACUUGGCAGGAGUGAAAACAGCAAGUCAUUGCUGAGAGAUUAUCAAAAGCAGUGCUCGACCAAAAUAAAGAAAGAAUAAAAGUACCUGCAAACUUGA